AUGGCAGUAACGAUAAGAAACGGUUUCAAAAGAUAUGGAAAUGGCGGGCUUGUUCUUAAAGAUUUUGAUAUGACUGUAGGCAUUGGGGAAAUUUACGGAUUGCUGGGUUCCAGUGGAUGCGGAAAAACGACCGUACUGUCCUGCAUUGUUGGAUUGCGUCAACUUGAUUCUGGCAGCGUUGCGGUGUUUAAUCAACCCUGUCCCAACAAUCAAGUUCGUCUUUGGGGGUACAUGCCCCAGGAAGUUGCUCUUUUGGAUUCACUAAGUGUUGAGGAAACAUUGAAAUAUUUCGGAAUGCUUUAUGCCAUGGACAAAAUACAAAUAAAUGAACGAAUCAAUUUUCUUACUACAUUUCUUGAAUUGCCAAUAAUCAAUCAACCAAUUAACGAACUAAGUGGUGGUCAAAAGAGGAGGGUGUCCUUGGCGGCGGCGAUGAUACACAACCCGAAACUGCUCGUGCUCGACGAACCUAGCGUUGGGCUGGAUCCUCUUUUACGACAGAGCAUUUGGAAAUAUCUACACGUAAUUUGUAGCAAAUUUGGAACCAGUAUAAUCAUCUCGACACAUUAUGCUGAAGAGAUAAGGCUUUGUCAUAAGGUUCCUGUAAAUUCUUACGAGGAGGGACAAAUACAAAUCCAGCAGGGCGAAACCACAGGACUCAUCGAAUUUCCGGAAAACUAUGUCACGCACUUCAAAAACCGUAUGGCUUUUGGAAAUUUUGUAGAUAAUGGGACAAUUCUUGGAUCCACGAUUUCAAUUCGAUUGGAUGAAGCGAACCUAGUGCUCGCAAUCUGGCUGAAGAAAACCAUUAUGGACAAGUAUCUUGCUUACGUGGGAAACGCGUUGGCUGCUUGCUCACUGAAUAGUCACAUUAGCCAACCACCACUUCUCUUUCAUCCCGUCUACGGUUCCACUGAUGUUUUUGACUACAUUACAUUCAUGCAGAUCAUCUUUUUCAUAUCAAUGGGAAUCACACAUAUUCGCGUGGAGGAUCAAGUUGCUGGGCUUGAGGAUAGAGACUACAUUUGUGGGGUGUACUUGUGGCAUCAAUUAAUUGCUGCUUUUGCCACGCAAAGCCUGAUGACUUUAAUUCAAAUUGGAUCAUUUUUGGGAAUAAUGUGCGGAUUAUAUGGAAUGGUGAUGAACGGUUCAUGGUUGACGCUGGUGGGAUUGAUGUUCAUGUCGUCAUUUGCUGGACUAUCCGUGGCGGCUCGCCGAUUUACCCGUGGCGGCGGCGGCGUCUCAUUUCUGGGCGGCGUCGGCGGCGGCGGCGCAACCAUAUCGGCGGCUGGGAGCUCUAAGUUAAAGGAAGUAGAUCGACUGGAGAGAAUACCAACAGUGUCAGUGAAAUUUUAA